UUUAUUUAGUGUCGGUUCGACAAGCGACGCGGUCGCACGCUCGCAUUGACGGUCUGUUUUCAAAUAUCCGUGUUGUUUUUUGUCUUUAUAACUUUUAAAAGUGUUUUGUUUUUAAAAGUAUUACCUCAAUCAAGUGUCGCGGUGCAACAAGACAACACUACACAAUGGCGUCAAAAAAUCUCAUCACUUUACAAAGAACUUUGAAAACUUUACAAAGUACUACAAAGUGUACUAGCGUGCAAGUUAGAAAGAACAGUAAUUGGACCCAGGAUAAGAUAGUGAAGUCGCCAUUUAAGAAUAUUGAAAUACCAAACUGUACUUUGUUUGAUUAUGUGUGGCAGAAUUUGGAAAGAUGGCCGGAACGAACGCUAUCUGUGUGCGCAGUGACAGGCCGAGGGUACACCUACGAGCAGGCGUUCACACUAUCCAGUGCCUUUGCGGCGAAUCUUCGGAAGAAGUUCAAGAUCCGGGACGGAGACACGGUCUCUGUCAUGCUGCCCAACAUUCCAGACUUCCCACUGGUGGCAACCGGGAUCCUGGAGGCUGGUGGCGUCAUCUCCACCAUCAAUCCAGUUUACACUGCAAAUGAAAUCCAGCGUCAACUAUUGAUGAGCAAAGCAAAAAUCGUAGUGACGACUCCAGAACUUGCUAAAGUCGUUAAAGAAGCCUUGAAGCUCGCCAAAUUAGACCUUAAAAUUAUCGUGGUGAGAACCAAUGGAGAAUCAGCUCCCGAAGGCACUGUACUCUUUAGUGAAUUGAGUGAAGAUGUACAUAUUGACAAAUCUUGCCUAAAAGAAGUUAGAAGAAGUCCUAAUGACAUCAGCUUUCUACCAUAUUCUAGUGGCACCACUGGUCUUCCUAAAGGCGUGGAACUGUCUAAUAAAAACAUUAUUGCGAACUGUGAGCAGAUUAACGAGAACGAAAUUAGGAGUCAUAACGAAACGACAGCGACUCACCAAGACGCGGUAAUGUCAGUGUUGCCAUUCUACCACAUCUACGGGGCAACAGUCAUCAUGUUCCACAAGAUGUCGCAGGGUGUAAAGCUGGUAACCCUGCCGAAAUUGCAGCCCGAUGUCUUCCUCCAGGGGUUGGAGAAGCACAAGACCAAUGUCCUGUUCGUUGCUCCACCACUAGUAUUGCUGAUGGCAACACACCCGGCCGCGACGCCGGAGACUUACAGACACCUGGAGCUGGUCAUCAACGGAGCUGCCCCUCUGACCGCUGCCGAUGCUGAGAAAUUCUUGGCUAAAGCGCAGCGUAAAAUAGACUUCAGGCAAGGCUAUGGUCUUACGGAAACGUCGCCAGUUGUGGCGCUGUCGCCAAAAGGCUUGGAGCGCUACGGUAGCGUGGGACCAGCUCUACCCAGUACUGAGCUCAAGAUCGUUGACGGAAACUUGAAGAACUUAGGACCUAAUGAGACUGGUGAACUUCUGGUGAGAGGUCCCCAGGUGAUGCGAGGUUAUAGUGACAACCCUCAAGCUAAUGCCGAAGUGUUUACAGUGGAUGGAUGGUUCAGAACCGGGGAUUUGGCAGUCAUUGAUGAUGACGGCUUUGUGACUAUUGCUGACAGACUGAAGGAGCUUAUCAAGGUGAAAGGCUACCAGGUGCCUCCAGCAGAAUUAGAAGGAGUUCUUCGUGAACAUCCCGCAGUUUGUGAUGCAGCAGUGGUCGGAGUUCCACAUCCGAAGACCGGAGAGGUUCCCAAAGCAUUCGUGGUCUUGAAACAAGGACAGAAAGUCCAAGAGAACGAUAUCACAGAAUUUGUCAAAGAAAGAGUAGCACCGUUUAAAAGAAUAGAGAACGUAACGUUCUUAGAGAGCAUUCCUAAGAAUUCUUCAGGGAAGAUAAUGAGGAAGGAAUUGAAAGAAAAGUAUUGUAAUUAGAUGUUAUUGUAGUAUAUCGUUCACGUACUAGUACAGAAGUAGAAGGCACAGUCAGGGCACUACAAAUGAUGCAUUGUGUUAAGGCACUGAUCGCACUAGGCAACAGUUGCUUUACAGUUGGUUGCGGAAUCAUGAUACUUAAUAGAUAAUUAUUUCAUAAUUAUAAAGUCAAAUUAUCAUCGUAAAAGCAUAGCCCAAUUUAUAUGGCGUGUAUAGGCCAAAGGAACUUAUAAGUGUGCUAAUAGUAAAUCCUAUUAAUGAGUUACUAAAUGCAGGUAGUUAUUAUUUCAUAAGAUCCCAUUGAACAAAGGAGAGACAGUUUAAGCCGCUUAUGAGAGACUUUCUAUGCGACGUUCCUCAAAAAUAAUAUAGAUGGCGCUGUAUGUAAUAUUUUCCUUCGUUUAACUUUCUAAUUUCAUGGAUAACAGACAUAAUUAUAUUAUGCAUUUUUUAUCUUUGGUUUUGGUUAUAAAUGAUGACCAUUUUUAUUACUCCCAGGCACAAUCACAAUACAUCUUCCACCCAGUAUUAUUCUCAUCAAAAUAAAUAGAAGCUAUAUAGGUAACAACGUAACGGACAUAAUGUGAUCCAAAUAUCAAGCAACAAUUAUUUUUAUAUAUGCUUCUGCCAUAACAUUGUAUUUUUGAAUAAAUUAUGUACCCGAGUAAUGAGAAAGUAGGUAAUUAUCACGUUAAACCUCGACAGAGCCAUCUAUAUUAUUUUUGGGGAUGCAUUCUCAUUGGUACAAAUUAAUAUGAUAACAAUCACUUAAAUAGUAGCGGUGUUAUGUUUUGGUACCAUGGUUUAUAGACUUUGAGAGAUUUUGCGUCACUUUGCAAAAAACUCUUCAACAGUGCAAUCUAAUAUGAAAACAAAUAAGUAAGUCACAGUAAUAGCGUUUUUUGUCCCGUAUAUAACACAACAAAAUUCGUGUAUAAAUUGUGUGAUGUUUGGCUCUAGUACGUGAAAUAUAUUGUUAUCUAGUUGAUACAUGCAAGUUAUGGCAACGUUGUUAUGUACAAAAAGUUAUGAAUAAGUAUAAUGUUAUGGGAUGUAAGUAUAAUCGACUGAGUGAGUAUAAUCACUGUAAAUAAAAGUGUAUUUUCAAAUAUUAUUGUUAUUGUUAUAAAAAAAAAAUACAAAAAUAUAUUAUUUUUACAGUUGUAUUGUAUGGUAUAAUUAUUUUUUAUUGAAUAUUGUACAUUACAUCGGAAUAUAUGGAAGUAAAUGAUAAAGAAUAAUGUUAAAAUCUGUAUAAUUUAGUAAGUAAGCCGACGUCUAUAGUAUGUAUAAUAUUUUUGUAUGAUUAUAUUAAAAAUAUAUUUGGUGACGUUA